CGGAUCAGUUUUUGGUAUGGUGGGAUGGAGCUUGUGAAACGACGACGACGUCGACGACAACAACAACAACAACAAUAACAGCAACAACAACCGGACAGUAUGACAUACCAUGUGUCCAGUUGUAUUGCAUCGCGUUGCAGAUCGGGUCGGGGAAAUAGCUUACCAUUUGGUGAAAGUCUUCUGCUGGACGGUGAUCCAUUUCUGGUGCUCCAUCUUGGUGAGACUCUCCCGGUCAGGGGUCUCUGAACUCUCUGUGGGGGAAGGUUGAGAACUCAGAGAAUGGCGCUGGAAUUUCUUUGUCUUGGAUUCUUUGUCGGGAUCCCUUUUUGCAACGCCGACACUGGUAAGAGUGCUGGAUCGUUGAACACGAGCAGCAUGUGUUUCUGGCUGCGACCGGUUGGCAAGGGAGCUGCGCGUGCGUCGGGAUCGGGGUGGAGUAUAUGGCGUCGUCGAAGACGAAGACGAAGGCGAAGAGGAAGGGGUCUUCUUGGUCGGUGUCGAGGACGGGGGUUGAAAUUGAGAAGGAGAUUGGGAGCCGGACAAAGAGCUGUGUUGAAUCUCCGGCGUUCGUGGUGGACUUGUUGCCGCCGUGCCUUGUGUAUUUUGUGUAUUUUGUGUACUAUGAUGUGUGCUAGCCUGUUCUGUUGUCUCUACUGAUGAUGCUCGAGAUGACUGAUCGUCUGGUUCACUGCUUGUCUCGAAAGCGCUGGUGCUACUAUUUGCAGCAGCGGACGUGCCAGUGCGACUUUCAGCGUCCCUUUGGGGGUCCCUUUCCUCAACUUGGACGCUUUCGUCUUCGUCGUCGGGCUCGGGCUGCCAGGUAGGGAAUGCUUCUGUCAGUGUGUAU